GGCUUUUGGGUUUUGUGCGAGCCCUGUCCUCCUUUUGGGGCCCUUCCUUCUGCUGGCAGGGAAUGAAACAAGUAGCCCUUUGCUUUGUCCACUGUCUGCCAAUGGAAACAGGAGUUGAAGAGGCAGGAAAGCAGAUUUAAAAAAGAAGGGGAGGAGGAGAAGUGGUUUGUGUUGAGCCAGCUGUGAUGGGGGAGUAUUUUGUAAAUAAAAUCUCUCAUCUUAAAAAGAAAACUUAAACCCAGCAGAUAUACUCAGCAGUCAGGCUCUGACUUUUUGCAGUGCUAUGUGAUAAUCGUUAAACACAGGGGACGCUUUGUAAAGUAGAAUUGGGGCGGGAGGAGGAUGGAGCAGGAUUUCAAUUUGAAAUUGGACAAGGGUACAAAGCCCCUUAGUUCCCCAUGUCUGCUGAAUGCAGCUGGAGCUGGACUUGACAAGAUGCUUACCAGAGCUUGUGGUAAAUGUUUUACGGUACUGUGUAUCAACCAGAUCGAUUCUACUAUGCUUGAAGGAGUGCAGAUAAAACGGCUUAAAGAUUCCCCUGCUGAAAGCGAUAGUAUCAUCAUUUAUGCUGGAGAAGAUGGAUUUAGUUGCCUGACGUUUAUUUGGCCACGGUGUACUUUGCGGAUUUCACACGCGAGGACGAUAGCCAACCUGAUGAUGUCACUUGAAUUUUGAACUAAGUGAACAUGAGUGCCCUUGAUUUGGCUUCCGUCCUUGAUUUUCUGGAAAUGGCCAACUUCACAGAGAUCAACUGGACUUGCCACAAUGGUGACUGCAUCACAGUCGAUACAACAGCAUGCCCCGGCACACUUAACAAGAGCGCCCUACUCUACACCCUGUCCUUCUUCUACAUUUUUAUCUUUGUCAUAGGGCUGGUGGCCAACUCUGUUGUGGUGUGGGUCAAUCUCCAAGCCAAAGUGACUGGCUAUGAAACCCACCUCUACAUCUUUAACUUGGCUAUUGCUGAUCUGUGUGUCGUCAUCACCCUUCCGGUUUGGGUUGUCUCCCUUGUCCAGCAUAACCAGUGGCACAUGGGAGAAAUUACGUGCAAGAUAACUCACCUCAUAUUUUCCAUCAACUUAUACGGAAGCAUCUUCUUCCUGGCAUGUAUGAGUGUGGACCGUUAUCUCUCCGUUGCCUAUUUCACCAAUUCCAGUAAUCGCAAGAAGAAGAUAAUACGCCGCUGCAUCUGCAUCUUAGUGUGGCUUCUGGCCUUCAGUGCCUCUCUCCCAGACACCUAUUAUCUUAAGACUGUCUCUUCCAACAAUGAAACCUACUGCCGUCCCGUGUAUCCAGAAGAGAGCUUUAAAGAGUGGCUGAUUGGCAUGGAGCUCAUCUCCAUUGUGUUGGGCUUCCUUAUCCCUUUUCCCAUCAUUGCUCUCUUUUACUUCCUCCUUGCGAAGAGCAUCUCUGCCUCCAGUGACCAAGAGAGGAAGAGCAAUGGGAAGAUCAUUUUCUCCUAUGUUGUUGUGUUUCUUGUCUGCUGGCUACCUUACCACGCAGCUGUCCUCCUUGACAUCUUCUAUAGUCUUCAUUUCAUACCCUUCAGUUGUCAAAUGGAGAACUUCCUGUAUGCCACUCUUCAUAUCACUCAGUGCUUCUCUCUAGUCCAUUGCUGUGUCAACCCCAUCCUGUACAGCUUCAUUAACCGCAACUACAGAUAUGAGCUCAUGAAAGCUUUUAUUUUCAAGUACUCAGCCAAAACUGGUCUCACUAAACUUAUUGAUGCUUCCAGAGUGUCAGAAGCAGAGUACUCUGCUCUGGAGCAAAAUACCAAAUGACUGCAAUUCCAUAAAGACACUGCUUUGACUUAAUCUCUUUUUUUCUUUUCUCUGUGCUUGUUAUGAACGGGGCAUGAGUUACAGCCUACAAAAGAGAAAGAGCAAACUAAUUUAAGAGUGGAAUCGGGCGCUAAACGGAAGUGGUACCAAAACCAAGCAUUUUGUUGGUGUGUUUUGUUUUAUCUCCUGCUAGCUCAGUCUGGACUUCUCAACACUGCUAUGCAAAUAAAUGGAAGAAACUUUCUAGCAAACGAAGCCAUUGUGUACCGUAGAUAACAUGCAUUUGCAAGAUAAGCUUUUUCUUCCAUGUGUAGAUUCCCUCUUGGUCUCAUUGUAUAUGUUAUAUAUAUAGUGUGUUGUAUUUAAAAGCUCAAGACUUUAUUUUCUGGCAAUUGGUGUACCUUAUACAAUUGUAUUUGAAAGUUAAAAUAUAUUUUUUAUCAUGUAUUUGAAGAAUAUUGCUGAUGAGUGUAUUCAGAGUGUUGUAGUCUGAGUGUUAGAUUGCUGUUUGGUUUUAACUGUCCUAGGUAAGAGGAUGGCGAUAAAUACAGUAUGGAAGUGCUCUCUUCUGUGCAUCCUCCUUGGCUGGCACACUUUAUUGACCAUAGCUCCAUAUGGUGGUUGUACCCAUGUCUGGAGCAUAAAAUGUGUUUAUUGUAGAAUAGUUACUGUCAUGUUAAAAUUAACAGUAUUGUAAGAGUUGUUAACUCCUACAUCGUGCUUCACAAAGCUGUAUCCAUAUAUGCAGAAUGAAUGAUAUUACUUCUGAGAGUUGUCUCUAUUUGUAAGUUAUUUUUGUAAAAUAAAGAGCUGGAAAAACUA